AUGAAAAGGAAAAGAAAAAAGGACAAAUGGGGUGUCAUGGGCCUUAAACUGGACAUGUCUAAGGCCUUUGACAUAGUGAAAUGGGGUUUUCUAGGAGAUAUCCUUAAGGCUUUUGGUUUCUCUGAGCAUUGGUGUGAUCUCAUUUACCAAUGCAUUAGUACCAGUAGUAUAUCCAUUAUGUUAAAUGGUUCUCCAUGUAAAUCCUAUAGACCAACAAGGGGUCUGAGACAGGGUGAUCCCCUGUCUCCAUACCUGUUUAUUAUUUGCAUGGAAACUUUCUCAAGAUAUCUGUUACAGGCUGAACAGAACAACCUCAUUCAUGGUGUUAAGGCAGGUAGGUCUGUUAUGGUUCAACAUGUGUUAAAAUCAUCACCUAUCUAUCAUAUGAACACUUUUACUAUUCCAGAUAACAUUAUCAAUAGCAUGGAAUCUUCUCAAAGAGACUUUUGGUGGGGUAAGUCUAGACCAGGAGAUAUCUACUUUAGAGCUUGGCCAAGAAUUUGUACUCAUAAACAACAAGGUGGUUUGGGUUUUAGAAACCUUAAAUACAUGAAUCUACCACUUUUAUCUAAAACAACUUGGAAACUGAUUCAUAAUCCUAAUGCUUUAUGGGUUAUCAUUCUUAGAUAUAAAUAUUUUAGAAAUGUUCACCCCCUUCAUCAUCCUAGGAAAACUGAUUGUUCUUGGGCUUGGCAAAGUAUAAGUAGAGGCCUUGAUUUUAUUGCUCAAAAUGAUGUGUGGGAAGUUAAGAAUGGUAAGAAUAUUCUUGCUUUUGAAGAUAAGUGGUUGUCUAGUCCUGUUGAGCUUGUUCGUAAAACUAGGCCUAAUCCCAAUCUUACUGUUUCUGCCUUGAUAGAUGAGGACACAAAGAAUUGGAUAACUGACCUUGUUCAUGCUUUUUUCACUCCUCAAAAUGCCAAAAAUAUUCUUGAAUUUAGGAUUUCUUUCUCAGGGAAUGAUAAACUUAUAUGGCCUUAUUCUAAAAAUGGUGACUUUUCUGUGAAGUCUGCGUAUAAAGUUAUUUCAGGGGAGAUUAAUUACAUGAAUAAUAGUCAGGUCGGCAACCCUUUCUACAAAACCCUUUGGAAACUUUCUAUUCUUUCAAAGGUGGCUUUGUUUAUCUGGAAAUGUCAUGAGAAAAUCAUCCCUAGUAACUUUGUUCUUGCUAGAUAUAAUAAUACACAUGAUGCUUAUUGUAGUACGUGUAAUAAUGGUCAAAUUGAAACCCUGAACACAUUGUCGUCCAGUUGGACCACUGAUUGUACUAUGAAAGAUAAGAUUUGUGAUGUAUUCACUAUUGCCUGGAGCAUAUGGAAGGAUAGAUGUUUUCAUAUUUUUCAGGGGAAAACUCUUAAUCACUAUUCUACUGCUAGACUUGCCCUGAAAUUAGUUACAGAUACUGAUAACUAUUUAAGAAAUGUCUCUGCUCAACAUGUACAAUCCAAUGAUCCUGUAGCAGAAAUAAAUCUAUCUUCUGUUAAUACUGUUAUGGCUUAUUUACCUCAGGAUUGUGUCAUUAUUUUUAGUGAUGCGGCUUUUGAUAAGGAUACUAAAACUUCAGGUAUCGGUUUAAUCUUGACAGAUAACUCAUGCAGCUUCAUUGGAUGCAAGCUUAAGGCAGGGUCAGUAAGAAACGUUGAAGAGGCUGAAACUUUGGCGUUAUUGGAGGCAGUUCAAUGGGCUAAGGCGAAAAGCUUGGAGAAAGUUUGCUUUAUUAGUGAUGUUAAAUUAGUGAUAGAGUCUUUGAACUCAUUAUCUAACCAGCUUUACUGGUAUAAUAAAACAGUCAUAGAGGACUGA